AACUCAAGGGUUCCAUGUUUACAUAAACACGAACAUUCUAUUCGAUAAAUCCUAAACAACAUCUUUAAUCAAGCCCAAAAACAAAACCAGUCAAAGCUGAUUACUUCUAAGUUGAAUAAACAUGUAUGGACCAUAAAGGUUUAGGAUGUUGCAGCGCCAAAAUAGCUCCAGGCCGUACACCAGUGGAAGUUUUCGAACCAAAUUACAGUUGUUCGAUGAAUUUAUCAAAGAAUUCACUUUCGUUGAUGAAGAAUUAAACCCCGAGGAAAGAAGACAGAUUUUACAAGAUCGUCUCACAAAUGGAUACGAACCGUUCUGCGAAGCCAUCAGAAAUUUGUUCGGCAACGAUGUCACUACUCAGGACCUGAAAGCAUUGUUUAGGAAAAUUGCCCUAAAUCCUGAUGCCAAAGUCGAUUGGAGUGAGCUGUUUGGUAUUGGUGGGGCUACCGAUGAGGUACCAGACCUCCUUCUUAACGAAGACACUUCCUCUGUGAUUACGACAAGCAAACGACGCACAGUUGGUGAGGCAGGAGGAGACAAGAAAAGAAGAGAUGUUGUACAGUGUAUUGAACAUGUACCUAAAUACAACUUCUAUGUCACUGCUUCUCAAAAGGGUAUUAUUUGCCAAUGGAGUAACAAGUUUCGCUUACAAGCCUGCACUGAUAUCAACGAAUCAUCCUGGGUGACUGGUUGUGGCUUUUUGCCCAGUUUACGGAGGAUAGCAGUAACAUCUGAAAGAGCUGUAGCAUUAUGGGAUUACAGAGCAAAAAGAAAACAGUCUACUAUUUACCAGAUAAAGCCAAUAGAGAAUUCACCCCAGUGUAUGACUUACAUCCCAUGGAAAACCAACUCCAUGAAUGAAGACACUUUACUUUUCGGAGAUGACCAAGGUUAUGUAAACAUGUUGACCAUCUCCUCCAAGGAUCUUCAUAUGAAGAACUCAAACACCAAAGCAGAUUCUGUCGUUGUCAACAUAGAGCCCAGCAAGCUUAGCAGUGAAAUCAAACGAAGAAAAUUUCAUGAUGACUGGGUUCUUAAAAUAAAGUAUUUCCCACAGUUAGAGAUGUUUGGUAGCUGUUCCCCGAGUUCAACGUGUUCAUUUGUUCUGGGUAAUCUUGAUAGAGUGUUAAAUAAUGGUCCUGUAAGAGAGCUUGCUGUGCCUAAAGGUGUAAACUGCUUUGAUUAUUGUAUGAGGGCAAAUGUUAUCAUUACUGCAGGUGCAGAUAAAAUCAUCCGAAUCUGGCAUCCCUUGAUCUUCACCAGGCCAACAGGGAAGCUGCUUGGUCACUUAUUUACAAUAGUGGAGGUUUGUGUCAACGAAAAAGACCAACAGUUAAUCAGUCUCUCUACAGCACGUGUUUUUCGAGUGUGGGAUAUCCAAACUCUAACAUGCCUUCAGGUGUUUACGGAUAACGAGGUGCGGCCAGGAGAGAAGCGCAUUUCAUCCAUGCUAUUUGAUGCCAAGAACGACAGACUCAUAACAGGUUGUAGUGUCAUUGAUACUUGGCCGUUAACAAGAGCUAUACAGGAUUCAUUACAAGUACCUCAUACUCAUGACAGACCACUUAGCCAGCUUCUCUACAAUCCUCACAUGAGUCAAGUCAUUAGCGUGUGUACUGAAGGAAUCAUGAAGGUCUGGGAAAUGGAGACAGGUCAAGCGAUUUACCAGSUCCCGGAUGCUCACGGCCCGUCCAAUGAAAUCACAGCUAUGAACAUAGAUAACACAGGCUACAGACUUGUUACAGGAGCAUACGAUGGUUCGAUCAAGGCAUGGGAUUUUGGAAGUGGACAGUUAUACAAGUCGUUCCCAGACGAGCCCAGUAAACACCAAGAGAACACGAUCACGGGUCUAGUGUAUCACACCAUUGGAGACAGACGUUGUUUAUUCGUGUCUUCGUGGGGUAAAGGCAUUAGAAUUCUCGAGGAUUGUUAUGACCUACCGAUGUUUUCUGAGCUGAGAAUCCUGAGUGAUUCAUUCACUCCACCAAAUUCUAUUGCUGUACCGGAGGGUCCCACGCCGUUCAUAUCUAGAGCGCCACUUCCAGGUAUUGGGCAAGAACCUAACUCCUUGAAACAGAUGAACUUGCAAAGGUCCUGUGAAGUCACGUGUCUUGAAGACUGCAGUGGGUCUCUGUUAAUGGCCGGAACCAGUGACGGUGCGAUAAUAAUGUGGAACUUGGAGACGGAGAAAGUUAUAUCAAGGUUCGUGUUGCCAGCGACCAGUGGAAGCCCACAUAGUGGAGGAGCCAAAAGGCAACGUCGAGAAGACCAAAGCCUUGUACAUGCUUGUCGAUUCCUCGUACAUAAAGUUAGAAGACCAAUCAUCUACGGAGAAAAGACUUUUCGCCUUCAUACCGUAGAAGAGGAAUCAGAAAGUGAACUAGAAACAGAAAAAUCAACCUCUCACAUGGAAGAAACUGAGGAGAAAACCCCAGAGAAAUCCGGCUCAAUCAGUGAAGUACAAGAUGACGGAGACGUUGAAAUGAAAGAAGACGAGAGAGACAAAGUCGAUAUAAAGUCUGAUGGAGGACAAAAUUAUGGCGACAAUGAUGAUGACGACGAUAACAGGAAAGAUGAUGGUGAUGAUGAGAAACAUGAUGAUGAUGAGGCAAAAGAUGAUAACGAGACUGAUUCACCAUACCUACGCAUCAGUGAUCCUGCUGUCUUGUCCUGUCAUCACGAUGGAUAUUUACGAUUCUGGAAUCUUGAGGGACGAAUGUUGAAUGAGAUUCGUGCCGUUACACGAAGACAAGCCUCAGCAGUCACGUGUGUAACGACUGACGUAGACUGUAAUUACGUCAUCAGUGGUGACGCAAAGGGCUACGUUACUGUCUGGGAAGUUGGGAGCUUCUUGUUGGACCCACCUAAAGAUUCCAAACCAAAAGAUGACGAGGAACAGACGAGUAAAAAGAAGGAACCUAAGAACGUCAUCAAGCAAAUCGUCUGCUGGCGAGCUCAUCUGACUCGUAUAGUUGGAAUUGAACACUUGGAGAGCGCUGAAGUUGUAGUCACAGCCUCGACUGACUGUUCCGUGAGGGUCUGGUACCGAGACACAGGUCACUUUAUUGGUUUCUUUGGGCAACCAAGGCUAUGGCAUCUCCCCAGUUCUAAAUCAGUACCAUCUACUCCUGUACGACCCUAUGACAUCACCGAGGUUCCUAUCAAGACGCUAAAGAACCUCUCUACUAAAUCCAUAACUGACCAAGAAAGUAGUGUUGACUGCCCUCUGAUGUUUGAUGAUAACAGAUGGUAUCCGUUCCGCCAUUCUGCUAAGGAAGAAACGAGGGCAAAAGGGAAUGCAAAAAAGUUUUUCGAUUCGUUAUCAAAACCAAAGCACUACAAUUCUCAUCUCCAAAGUUCACGUACUGGGUCACCCGAGAAUGGUGCCGUUUUUCGUGCUUUGCCUGUUUAUAGGAUUGAAUCACCAGAGAGGCUCAAAACACCGGCUGUUGCGCAUCAGUCAACAUGGAUAACAAACCAAGCAAACGCCGCACAAGCAAAAUCCCAAGGAAACAAACCAACCUAUACCUAUCGAUCGACAUCUCCUAUCAAGGAGCAAGUAGUAUCAAGAUUUCCGCAUCUCGUACAAGCAAACCGAAGAUAACAGACCUUGCUGGUCAGCGGAGGUAUUAGCACGUCCGACUUGACCAGCAAACUUAUUGUCGCCUUUAUACAUAUUUAUAGUUCGUCUCGAGAACAUUUCACGAUCAGUAGAUUUUAUUGCCCGUGACACAAGUACGAUACAAAAGUACCAUCGCGUGACAGUAGCCUAGCGCUGAGUGGAUUUCAUUGGCCAGGUCCAUAGAUGUGGUCAGUGACCGUAGCGUGACAUACUUCUGUCUUAUUUUUCGAGAAGGAGAAGUAACGUCUUUGCUGUAUAACGUAAAGCAAUCUCGUUACCCAGAGCCAAUAUUUCUUACUGCGCAUGCUCGACGAAAUAAAAUUUUCAGAAAUGGCAGAAGUCAUAUUUUUUCAAGAAGGAGACUGAAUAAGGUCUUUGCAGUAUAAUGUAUAGUAUUGGUAGAGUUCCAAUGGCAGUUUUAGCUCAGUGUUAUAUAGUCGAAAGAUAUAGGAAAAUAUUAAAAUUGCUGAUGAUUCCUGAUUAAAAAGGAACUAAAACCGCAAAAAAGAUUUGUAAAACACAUGUCAAAUGAGUUUUUACUUAUAACCAGAAGGAACUAUUCUUUAACUUUAAUUGAGUGAAUGUCACUCAAUUGGCAAGUUCUGCCAUGGCAAGUUUGACUGUAAUAACACUGCGAUUAAAUCUAAAAAAUCGAAUGUGUUUUUGGCUAAAAAAGCCUAGAAAUCCCUAUGGAAUUUAUAUUCACUUUUUUGCAAUCUUUUAAAACAAACGAUAUUUUCGAAACGCA